AUGACAACGAUGUCCGUCCAACUGCGCCGCGUGGUGUACCUGUUGGUACUUUUGCAGUGCUUUGUGUGUGUGGCAUGUGCAGCGAAUGCAAGUGGUGAUGCUGAGCAGCAUUCUUCAACCAUUGAGUCAACUGAAAAAAGAAAGGAGGAUCAGGUGUUGAACAACACGGUAGAAGGGGCGUAUGAGUACAUUGCCCAUGUGUACGGUUGUCUGUCUGUGUUAAAGGAAAAAAAGGAAUUAUGCGAGGAAAAGUAUAAGCCUGCUGAAAUUGCUUUGGGGACUAUCACGACUAUGGUUGGAGAGAUAGAAAAAAUUAAAAGGGAACAAAACGUAUCUGAGCCAGGUCAUGAGUGGAUGAAGGGAAAAAAGGCUAAAAUACAUGAAAACAUGAAUGCUGUUGGAGAUUUGGCAGUAUCACUCGUUGACGUGCAUCUCUUGCUACAUGCCUGUGGGGCUCUACGCGACCGCUUGAAAGUUGAUGUGGAGAAGCUUGCCGAAGUUCGUAACAGCAGUGAAGCUAACCAAACGUUAAUUGACCUCACAAAACAACUCAAUUCUGCGCUGGACGUAACCGACUCAAUUUUUUAUGCCGAUAGAGUCAAGGAAGACGCGAAAAAAGCAAUGAAAGACCUCAUGGAGUCCUUGGGAAAUGCCUCGAAACACGUAUUUGAUCCGGUAGACAUCAGGGGUAAAAAAGAAAUAAAUGAUACGGUGGAGAAGAGAAAGGACGCCCUUUUUGAAGAACUGGAGAAAGCAAAAGAAGAAGCAAAAAAAAAAUAUCGGUAUCUGGUACAGGUUGAGGUGGUUGAAGAAAAAGAAAAGAGUGAAGUUGAAGAUCAGCCGUCAAUGGAAACAGAAGUGCCAAGGAGGGAAGAGGAGUCGCAGAAGGCACAACAGAAGGAGGCUAUAAAAGAAGUGGCGGGGAUUAAAAAUACCGGAGAGAAGGAAGAAAAGCAGAAGCAGGAAGGAGAGAUCACGGAAGUUGCAAAUGGUACUAAAAUGGAGGCGGUAAAGGCCAUUAAAGCAAUACAAGAGAGUGACGGCAGCAACAGUCCUGCAUUGGUUUGCAGUCCCUUAUUGCUGCUUCUGUUGUUUGUGUUGGGUUGUACUCUCGUGUGCUAA